CUUUAGCGGUGGGGUAUAUAAGUAACACUCUACUAGCAGUGGGAGAAAAAAAAAUUCUAUUUUUACAGCGCUAUUUGCGAGCUUUGAUUUAAGUGAGAAGAAAUGGCAUCCGAGAUUAUUCAAGCAAAUUCGAAGCAAAGCGUAGCCCACGCGGAAAAAGCAAAUUCUGGCCGUCCUAAAAGAGUUUGUUCUCGCAAGUCCUAUUGCGAAGAGGAGACGGACGACGAGUUUAAUGUGGACGACAUCAAACCAUAUAAAACGAAAGGUAAGUCUCCUGAAAGUGGUCUUAGAUGAAUGUAACUUGACCGAUCUUUUUGGAUGUGGUAUAAUAACGGCAUUAUCAGAAAAAUUAGUCUGAAAUUUAUAAAUAUUGUGCUAUGUUAACACUUGCGACAUGUGUCUCACAGAGACGUGCCAAUUUUAUUGCUAAGAGAAUGCAUCCCUUGUGCAUUUUCAGUUUCAGAAACAACAUUCUUUGGUGCUAGCAUGCAAUAGAAAAAUUCCAAGAAAAUAAAACACAUUUUAUUCUAUUCAAAGAGAAUUGCUCUUAUUUCGUGAAAAGAGCAGUGUAUUCUUAAGAGAGCAGAAAAAGAAACAUUUCAUUCUCUUGAUAGAAACUCGUCGAGGUAGAGUAAGAGCAAAUGCAAUUAGCUUAGCCUUUCGUCGUUGACUGUAAAGAAAAAUAACAAAAACAAGGAUACUACACUCCUCCAUAAUUAUCGGAUAACAAUUGAAUAAGAGGCUAGUAUUGUCCUGUAUCAAGGCAAGGUUAUAAUUUUUCUUUUGUCAAAAUAAGUGCACAUAUAAUAUUACAAACUACAUUUUGAUGUGGAAUAAAAAACGCUUGCAUGUAAAAUCGACGUGGUUUACUCGAGCAAAGCUUACUGACAAACUGUCGAAGUGUUUUAACUGAACCUUGCCACUGAUAAUAUAUAUCUUCGGCAGGACUUGUUAUUAAUUACAAAUAAAUUGGUGAUUAAAAUAACGAAUACACUGACGGUUUACGGUUUUUAAAUUUUCAUCUCUUGCAAAAACUAAACGCUUUUAUCGCGACUAUUUGACUUCCGAACAUUUCCUCUAUUUAUGAGAAAAUGUACGUUUAAUCACGCACUUCUUUUCGCAAAUAAUGAUGAUUUUAAAAUGCUAAUUUAAAAGUGUUUUAAAGUCAUUGUUCGAUCGAUGCAAGUGAUAUAACAGAAGAAAGAAUCGAUUAAAAUACACUCAUACCUCGCGGUCCAAAGAAUAGGUAAUUUUCUCCGUUUAUCCGUUUUCUAAUUCUUCACUUGUCUUAAGAGUUUUCUCCUGCCAUUUUCUAAACUUAGUUCACUCUAACCACUUUUUAUCAACAACGUCGAUCUUUAUGGCGUUGACAGUAUAAAGCCCUCUGCCUGAUUGUAAACUAAGCCCAGUUUUGCAGCUGCUUCAGUUAUGAAAGGUCGAUUGAAAUAGUAAUGUGCAUGCUCAGUUCAAGUUUCAGUUUGUCAUAAAGCUAAAAACGGUCCUGCUUAUUUUGUCUAACAGCUAUAUUUUAGCUGUUACAAAAGUCGUUAUUCUCAAGUACAGCAAUAGUCCAAUUUAGCCUCUCAAUAUUGGCUAUGAUAAUUUGAAUAGUAAACUGAUUUUUUGCUAAAACAAGCCUUUAUUCUCUUCGUCGGCUUCAAAAGAUUGCAGGUCCUUACACAUGACUGUGUAUAUUAUCCAACUCAUGUCCUGUUCUGAAUUAUUACUGCUCUUUUCCGCGGAAAAAACUAAGCACGUUUGAGAACGUAAGUCUAUAAUUAUAAGAACCGUGCGUGAGCCUGGGAAGUCAUACUGGAAAGAUGACGCUAUAUUAUCUCGGUCCCAGCCUUAGAUCCUUGCUCCAAAAUUCUACUAAGAUAGAAUACAAUCAUUAUAUAUAAUAUUUUACCCAACAGGUCGCCAUAUCUCAAAUCCAUUCUCUGUUUUUAUCAGUAAUAUAUUCACAUGGAUUUGUCUUUUAUAGUGGCCGGUACGAAAACUACACUCUUUAGUUGUAAAUCUUGAAGUAAACUGUGUAGAUAUUCCUCUUCUAUAUAUGUGUAAAGCCAUACUGAAGUAAAAGCUGUAACAUUACAUUACGGAGCUAGUCGCUGAUUUUUUUCUGUUCACCUUAAUAGAAAAAGCUUGUGUUAUGCUUUUGUCUACAAGGGUGAACAGAAAAAUGUCAGCGGGUGAUAUCAGAUGAAAACCACCAGGCAUUUUCGACCAGGUUUGAGUUAUUUUUUUAUUAUUGUUAUUCACCUUAUCCAUUUUUUUAUGAUUUUUGCCUGAAUUUUGCUCGAGAAUGAAAAAUGCUGACAGCAGAAUGCUCGCUGUCGAAAGAAGUGAAUUAUGUUAGACGUAUUGCCUACAAAAUUUGUUCAAGCCUUUCUUUAAGUUCAACAAGAUUUUUCAUAUUAACUGAGAACUUACUAACUUUUGCGCCCGUUUUUUGGGAAUGGCAGUUUUGACCGUUCCUUCAGGAUAGCUGUAGACUGCUGAUCCUUGCUUGUUUACAACAAAACAUUCCUGAAUCAGUUGAUAUCAUUAUUUUUAUAAUCUUCAAAUCGUGCCGAAAGUUCCUUAAUUGACUUCUGUAACAUCAUACAUCAAUUGUCCGUGGUUACGAGCAUGAUUAUGCUCUCUGGGUUGUGGGCACGUGGAUUUUUCAGCCAGCGUUCUUGAAAAGUAUAUAUCGCAGCUGUGCCGCUUACUAAUCAGAAGUAUGGUUACUACUUUUUACAUAAAACAGAUAAUUUAUUGUUUUCUUUUCUGUAAUUCAUUCAUAACUUUGUGCUGAACUGUAACGGUUUGUGCUAGCGCCAGUUCGUCUUGAACUACCGAGCAGGGUUAUCUAAGGGUUUUGGUGAGAAACCACUCCUAUGACGUACAAUUGUAUUACACCCCCCCUCUAGUUAUAUUCUUGACAAUGUUCAUUUAUUUCGUUUUAAGUCUAGAAUGCGAUAUUAGCUCCCCGGCUUAGUUUUCUCAUUUGUCAAGCAAAACAAGGACCCCCCAAAUUUUUUUUCUGACCCUGGUUUUGUCCUUUCCUUAAAUGGUUUAUAGAACAGUUUUAAUCGCAUUGUUGUAUCUCCUGGAUACAGAUUUAAGCGUAGUGAGCUGACUCAGAGCAAUAAUUUUGCUCUGUUGUCAGUAGUAAUAGUAAGAUGGUACUAACUGAAAACUGAAGUGUCAACAUCAACCGGAAGUACAUGCAGGUGUUAUGGUUGCAAUGCCCAAGAAUUACGUAAUUCCCUUUUUUCUUAGUAUAAGAAGUGUAUAAUGCGUUUCAACUGAAUCUUUUUAUUAUUAUUAUUGAUUUGGGUUGGAAUUAAGUAUGAAAUAGCCAGACAGCCAUGACUGAGCACUAACUCUCGCAAGCAAGAAAAAAGAAAUAGUAUCAGUCAUCAUCAUCAUUAUCAUCAUCAUCUUUAUGCUCUCUUCGUUUGGCAGACAAAAAGAACUUGUAGAUGAUCGCAACUACAAGAAGCUUCAGAAUGGUUUUUCUGGAAUUCCAAUCACAGUAAAUUUAAUUUUUCCGAAGCAACUAAAAACAACUUUAUUCGCCGUAUCAUAAAUUCAAAAUUUUUUAGGGCUAAAACGCAAUUUUCUCAUUUUCUUUUUACCUUUUCUAUGUGUAUGAAAAUUUUUUCACGUAACAACGGAUUUUAACACAAAGCAGAAGAGAUAAAAAAUGUCCAACCUCUUGCUUAUUUAGACUAACCGAGCUGCCUCAUUAGCCUCCUUCUCCUCAUCAAUGAAACCCUCCUAUGGAUCUUCUUGGUUCUUUAAGUACUUGAUUAUUCCGAAUAAAUUUCAUUACAGAGGAAUUACAAUGAUAUUAUUACAGAAUGAUACUAAUUAGUUUCGAAAUGGCUCAAGCUCCAAUUUGUUUCUGCAACGUGAGUUCUGAGAUAAAUCCAACGGUGCGGCCCCAUUUGUUUUCUUCGUAGAUACCAACAAAACAAUGAAGCGGCUCAUAAAAACGUGUACAUUGACAAGUUUUUGCUUUUCUCAAAUGACUGAUACUUAAGUUUUAGGAGGACUGUGUCGGUGACACAAAUCAAACUAAUUGAAUAUGCCUAGUGCUAGUCACGUAUUACGUAGUUAAAAGUAAGCUCUCUUUAUAAUUUACCAAAAUAGAAAAGCACAGCGUUCUAUACCGUAGCAAUUAAUAGACCGUGAUUCGGUGAGAGAGGAAAACAAGCUUAAGAUUACCUAAUAUGUGCAGCAGGUCAUUAGAAAUCAAAAUUGCAGAAAUCGACAAGGCGUUAGGCGCAGUAUCAGGCGUACGUUACUCAGAGAAUAGAGAAACAGACAGCAUCAAGUUUGACCCAAUAAAAAGAAACAAGUUGUAAACCCCCAUCUAAAGCGGAAUCCGGCGGCAGGACGCAAAUAGCAUCAUGCAAUCAACAGUAACUGCUCUCACUAAGAGCGCCUGCCGUGUGUGUGUGUUAUUCAACUCAUGUUUAGGGCGUUGUGCUAGCCGCUAUUAUAGCAAACCCAAAAUGGGUUUUCUAUUGUAAGAGUAACAGGGCUAGAGUCUCAAUGAGGGAAAGGCUAUAGUCCUCCUUUCCACGUUUCUUCUUUCUUUUUGUGUUUGUUCGUGUUUUUUCUUUGGCUUUUUUUCUUUUUUCUCUAACAAGCAGAGUAAAACUUCCUACACUAGGUUAGAAGGAUUCAAAGCAAAAAAGUGCGUCUUCUGCGGGUUGUUAAAUCAUGAUUUUGACAAGCCCUCAGUUGAUUGUACUGUUCGCGGGAACAUUUAAUAAACCUGACGAAAAAGCAAAUAAAACACCUUUUAGGUGAGCUAUUCAACUGCUUAGGGUAUGUGCUAGCUGCUAUAAAGCAAAAUUCGCUAUAAGCAACGAGAGAAAGAUAAUUGCUACUUUCCAUGUUUUUGUUUCUUUUGUUGUUUUUUUUGUUUUGCCUUUUUUCAUCCUUUCUCUUGUCAGAACCGUAAAACUUGCUUUGCAAUAUUAGAAAGCUUCAAAGGAAAGAAGCCUGUCAAGUAUCUCUUCUGCAGGUUAAGUUAAAUCAGGACAUUGGCAAGCACUCAUUUGACUGUUCACGGCCGGGAACAAGUUGGUAACUAUGACCUUAGAGAUUCAACGUCAUAGGGUGUGUCACAGCCACUUUAUAGCAAACCUCCCUUUGGAGCUUAUUCCAAGUGUCGUGGCUGGCGCCGCAAUAAGGCAAAGAGUGCUUCUUUCCACUUUUUUUUGCCUUUGUUUUUUUUGCCUUUUUGUCAACCUCUCCCUAAUACGAAUAUUAAGCCUGCUAUGCAAUGUAAGAAAGCUUCAAAGAUAAAAAGCGUGUUUAUCUCUUCUAACUGCUCGCGGGAACAGUUAAGUAAACAGAGUAAAGCAAAUAAAUCAAUAAUUUUGUUUUAAAAACCUCUGAAGUAAAGUUUGGUCAUGAGGAAUAAUAAUAUUGGAUUUUUUUUUUAAACUUUACACCAACGCCACUGAUUGAAGUAGAAAUUUAAUUAUUAAGAAUCUAACUAUUUUCACCCCACACAAUAGAUCCCAAGCUUGUCAUAAACUGAAAUAACAGCCAUUGAAAACGAAUUUAAACAAUUACAGAGGUCUACAAAGCGAAACCCGACAUUUUGUCAAGGGCAUUUUCAUUCUACAGCUCCGUUUAUUCCAAGGCAUCAUUCCGUGAAUCGAGCGCAAAAGAUAAUGCUGCGGCAUGCACUGAAAUAAAAAUUUUGAAACUGAAAAAUUACGAAUUUACUUUUCGGUACUUUUCUCUGACUUUUGAAAGCAAUAUUCAGCCGCCAGAAGUGACAGAAUUUCGUAAUCCAUUCAAAUACAGCUGUCACUUUACUUCGGUUAUUCAUGCAAAUAACCCGCAGGCUUAAGCGACAUCAUGUACUUGAAACACUUUCUCACAACUCAGUCGCAAUUUUUAACACGAUAUUUAGGAAGCUUCUUUGAUCUGCACAUUGUGGUGUUAUUCCCUAAAAAAUGUAAAGCUCUAUCAUACUAAAAGAAUUCUUCCUUAUAAUGUACCUACGCCCGGCGAAGAGUUAAAGUAAGAACCGGUUGGGCAUUUUCCGGUAUCAGUUCAGAGAAAAAAAAAGAUCAAUUUUUAAUCAACUUUAAAAUCUCUGUUCAUCAAAUCUUAUUUCUUUUUUCACGAAAUUAAAGUCAACUUAGUACCACGUGGUUAUCAGCUUCCUAAAACUAUGGUUUUAACUUGUAACCCAGGGGGCAGAAGAAAAUUUCAAUUUUAAUCAAAAUCGAGUUGACCAAACCAAGGUGUGUAAAUGCUCGCAAAACUAACAUGAAUAUUUGCUUUUAAGAUCAUAAUCUUUUUAAUUAUUCCUCUGUUAUUCUAGUGCGAGCUAGCAAAUAUUUAUUCAGCCUUCGGGGAAGCAAAGAAUACAAUAAAUUUUGCCGAAUGGUCAUAAACGUUCUGUCUUUAAACUCCUCCUUACAAGAGAUAGCACAACAACGCAAAAUAAAUACAGUUUUAUUAUUUUUCGUUGAUAUUCUCCAAGUUCUUGGUUAAUUCCCUUGAACACUAUAUAUUCGCUUGUCAUCUUGGCGGUUUACUGCAAAAUAUAAUUAUUUCUUUCAUUUAACAUAAUACCUUGUCUAGUCGGAAUAAAUUAUUUUUGACAGGUGGUGAUUAGAUUCUUUUGUUUUCUUUUUAAUACGUGCUCAGAGAAAAGAAUAAUAUUUUUGGGCAUUACCACAAUAAAAUUUGCUAGCUUUUUUUGUUUUACUUAGUUCAUAUGACACUUGGAUGCCUGUAAAAUUUCAUUGAAACAGUUUUUUUUUUCUCUCUUAGCGGAAUAUUCCUCUCAAAUUCGAAAUAGUAUCAGUACAAAGUGAUUUAUGCUAUAAAAACACUCCUAUUUUUGUAUUUUGUGAAACUGAUUUAAAAACCCUUUUGGUAUCAAAAUCAUACAAAAAAAGUGACCGCACGUUGUAAAAAAAUAAUAAAUAGUAAAGAUGAAUAAAAAGGGGGGCCGUUAUCUUUGCCCUUUUUGCAGGGUCGGUAAAAUGACAGAGUUCUUUCGUUUAGAUGUGUACGUGAAAAGAAAGAAAACCUCAUUCUUUACUACUGCUGCUAAACAAACAUCUGUUAAUUUUAGAGUUGGUUGCCAUUUUCUUAUAAUUAUUACUGAUAAUUACUUCGUUAAUUUACCUGGGCUCAAAAUUCAGCUGUUUUGGAAGAAAGUGGGGUGUUGUUGAUUGUAUUUUCUUCUCUCGGAUCUGGGUCAGUUUAGUACUCUAACAGCAUGAAACUAUAGUCUUUAACUUUAAAUGACUAUUUAUAGACUACUUUUAAGUUCUUUUUCUCCGACCAGCAAUUUUACCUUGAGAUAUAGGGAAAAUUUAAUUUAAAAGCGCGAGGGGCUGGCUGGUGAUGUGGGCAUAUGGAAGAAAAAGUUAACACCUACUCCUUAAUUCAAUACGAGGCCUCUGUAUCGUUUUGAACAAAAGAAAGUGUUUAUGAGCCCACGAGGAUCUAGUUUAGGGGUUUCAUGCUAUUGUUUCAUUCUCAUAGCACUCAUACAGCAUGAGACACAGGAUAUGGGCUAGUCGAUAUUGAGAGGAAAAAAAAAUUAGGUACGUUUUGCGUACUAACAAAGGCCAAGUAUCGCGUAACAUAAAACCUUUCCAGGUCUCCAUUAUAAUACGAGCACUAUACAGGAAAGUCUAAUAUAGUUUAGCAUCUUAUCAUUAGUGGCUAAAACAUAAAAUGCCGUCAAGAAAAUUCAAUGCUACGUUUCAAAGGCCUGAUAUAACCAUGUGAGAUUAAGUUGGCUUUUGUUCUUUACAACCUACUUUCACGAAAAAUAGGCAAGUCUUUCAUUGAAUUAUUUUUCCGUUUAUUCAGUAGGGUUGUAGAAAAUAACUGCAUGACAAAAUCGACUCAUUCGUAGAAUCCGUUUAUUACGUUACAGCUCUUUUAUUCAACGGUCACAUUGCUUCGUAUAAUACACUUCUUAAGAAAAUACCUUUAAUUUCCUUGAAUCGCAAAAUUGCUCGAGGAAUCAGUAAAAUUUUCAUUCGCAUUAAUGUAGCAUAAUUAUUAAGGUACGAAUCGUUCCCUAAAAGAAGAUAUUAUGCAUGCUUUGACAAUUCUGUGGGACUUAAAGUAGAGAUUUCCAAUCACUGAUGCAGUCCUAAGGGAGUUUUUUUAUCUUCUGAAAAUAAUAAGCUUUUUUUGCAUUACCUUUAAAGUUCGUAUUCGUAACAAAAUAUAUUCGGUGUGAUUAGACAAAAAUGAGCCAUUAAUCUACUAUUAAUUGUUAGCCCCCAAAUCCCUUUGCUCGAUCCAUUUACGACCAACGACAUUUUGAUGUUGGCUUUAUUUCACGGAGAAAUGACCUCCGACGAGGACGCCCACACUCUAAACUCAUACAUCGUACCUACAAUGUUCUUAACUCUUUUUUUUUUACCUCUUUUGUUACAAAUGAAAAGGGCAGCAGGUAGAAUUACAGAACAAUGAAAGAGCAGAGCCUCUGAAAAAAAAAGAAAAAAGAAAAAAAAGAAGCUCAUGAACAGUCCAAAAGCGUAUUGGAAAAUCAAAUAUAAGUUUGGACUAAAGCACUUUCAGAUUUAGUUACUAUAUUGUAAGAGCCAGCACUAUGGUUACGUUGUGACAGGGACAUUUUAUAGCAUUCUAUUCCAGUGAUCUGCAAUUGAAAGAGAAGCAGUUGUUGAUGAUCUUUGCCUGAACAAUAGAUUACCAGCAAGGGCACUUUAAAGUCCACGUUGUUUUAUCUCUUGUGAGGGGCUUUGUCACCUAGAUAGACCCUCAAUCUUCACUACUCAACAGAUGUUUGCAAAGAGGAACUCUUUUAAGCGAGCAAUAUUGAGAACACGCAUGUUUAAAAAGCAAAACGGUCCGUUCUGAAAACCUCCGGUGGAGGUUUCCUUGAACAAGAUCUGUGGUAGGAACGUCUAACGUAUAUUGUCUAACAAUCGGCGAUAGCAUUUCCCCAGUGAACUCAAGUUGGUCAGCUAGCACAGAAAAAAAGGUAAUUACCAUACUAUAUUUCCGGCUGUAAAAAAUCACACUGCACACCUCGCAAUACACAACUGAUACCUUGGCUUAUUUUUAUCCCUUCAUGUCUGACUCAGUAAAUUAAGUAAAUUUAAGAUAGAAGAUAUUUCUUUGACUUCGUUAAAAUAUUCCGUUUAAACUCAUCUCUUUCUUUUUUGCUAAAUUGGUUUAUCUACGCCUCGUAACCCGGCGCCUGCUAUUCAGUUACAAAGCGAUUAUUUCAACAAUAUUGUAUGUUGGUCUAGCUCUUGGAUAAGACUUAGUCAGGAAACAUAGACCAAAAGAAGGAAUUAACAAUCUGGUCAUCUAAAACUGACAUAGCUAGUAUUUUUUUUCUCGCAGGCAUGUAACCAAAGGCCAGGGCCUCUGCUUAUUUCUAGAGUGGCUUUUCGACAUGUAAAAAAUAUAUAUGUGUAUAUGUAUAGGAAAUACCAGUCGAAUUACCAGAAAAAAUAACGUUUUGCAGAUCACACUUGCUGUAGCUUGAAAGCAACAUAUUUUUUUAUUGGUGUUAGUGGGGAAAAAGAAAGAAAAAAAGGCCAUAGAAACUUUGUGACUCCAGGAGUACAUUUCUUUGAAACAUGUAAGCAGCCAUAAAGUAUGAUGGUUACAUAUUAAUGAAAAAAGCUUUAUGUCAGCAAACUGAUAGUUUAUUAGCUCUUAGCCGCUCAAAUUCACAAAAAUGUACAAAAAUACGAACCAUUUUCUCAGGGAAAGUUUUCCCGAAGGGGCUUUUAUUUUCUGCUUGUCGCAAACCACACCCGGCCUUCAAAACCUGCUGGUGUCAUGUAUAAAGACUUGUUUUUUACAUACUUAGUAUUACGACUAUAAUUUGGAUUGUCGCAAACGGUAAGAUUUCCGUAUAACCCCAUACAUUUAUUAUACAUGCAGCAAUUUCAUUCUUUUUGUCACAAAUAGUUAAUAUGAAAUGUAUUGGAUUAUACGGAAAUCUUACCUCGCAAACUCUCGGGAAUUAUGAUAGCAAUUCCCUUAUAACAUGUUAACCCGCUCCACAGGUAAACUCCUCAAGGGCUAUUAGAGUCGCUUUUUGCUCAUAGUAAACACUACACAAGUAAAUAGUACUUUUUGCGCCCUCUGAUUAUUCUACACUAGCUUGGAGGUGAUUAGACCAGUACUAUUCACCUCCGAGACAAGGCAUAAAAUAUUUUUGCUCGUGUUAUACGUAUUCCGGAUAUAUAAAAUACCAUGGAAUAUCCCAUGAGUAGCCUGUAUUUUCCCGAUAUUCAAACGAGUGUUCUGUUGCAUACCUUUACUUACUAUCUUUCCAACUAACAUGAGCUCAUCAACAACCUAAUUAUUUAUAAGUAGAAUGCAGAGACCUAUAAAAGGAAAAAAAAUUAUUGAGGAUAAUAAACAAAACAAAAGCAAGUCUUGUUAUAAAUUUCAUUAUAUUCCAAUGAAUUCAUAAUAUAUACAUUUGUGUCGUAUGUUACCAGAAAAGAGAACAAACCAAAUUACAUAAUGUAUUUCAUUGUCUACCUUUAAGAUGAAAAAUCGUCGGUUAAAACAAUUAUUCAACAAAUAAAAACAUUCCGAAUAAACAAUGUUAAAAAAAGGACUAUGAAAUCCGCCACUUUUUUGCGGGUCUUGCUUUAAACUUUGUUUUGACUGAAGGGUCAUAUGAUACCAUAUAUAAUACCUUUAAUUGUUGGACCUCAUGUAGUAGUUAUUAUAUAAGUGCUGCGAAAAUUCAUUUUCAGUUUUCAGGAACGAAAAAGCGUGUGAAACUAGUAGCCGGUGAAUCCCUAAAUAACAAGUAAAACUAUUAAUUUCUAAUAAGAGAAAAUUACAUCCUAAAUUAUUUAUUUUAUAGCCUUCAAAAACAGUAGUCGUGUUAAUUGAGUUAAUCGUGCUCUUUGUCUUUGGGUAGAUACUGUGUUUACACUGUAGCAGUAUGUUUGACCAGUAUUUCUCAGCAGCAUUCGAUAACUACGUGUAAGUUUUUGACAAGAGAGGUUUCCAUAAUAACUCGUUUAGCUGGCUUCAGAGCUGAUCAAUCACCUAAAAUAAAUGAUACUUACCUCUCAUGUUAUACAGAAGGGAAUAGUAUAGCACUCAGUACCAAUUAAAUAAACAAGCCGAGCAGAAAAAAGAAGAAAGAAAGAAAAAAUUCAGAUAGUUACAGCACAUUUAAAAAAUAAAGAUUUUAACAUUUAAAGAUUUAUAAUAAUGUUGAGAAGAUGAUUUACUGCUUAAAAGCAGUUUUCAAAUUAAUUUCCUCAGUCUGGUAUUCUGAAACUAACUUUUUAAACAGUGUUGUUUCGCGUUUUCGGCUAGUUUUGAGAAAUUACCAUCAAAUAAUCCUUGUGUAAGUAUGCUGUUUCCAGACAUCUAUUUACGACAAUAUUUCAGCGCGGAUUUUGAGUAGCGUGAAAAUGGGAGGGAAGACAAUCUCUUAAAAUACGACUUUCUCUUAGGAAACAGACAGAUGUCCGCCAUACCCAAAAAUUGAAAUCAACUCUGCUAAUUUUAACGUCUUUGCUCAGCAACGUUCCUUACUAGUUAAGCUUAUUGUAAUUUUGCCUUUGCCAUUGUAACUCUUUACGCACGUGCUUCCAAUAACUGAAGAACAAUAUAGGGGCACGCUUCAUUGUUAGUUGUUACUUCAUACCUUUUUUUGUUUUCUUUCUUUAUGAAGAAGUAACAUUUCUUUUACCUGAUUGCUCAUUGUCGCAAUUUUGGAGAGUUUUUUCAAAAAGUUUUAAAUAAUCGCGUAAUUCGCUUACGCUAAGGCAUUCCAAGAUCUGUUAGGUUGUGAAAGGAUAAAGGGGGACACAAGAAAACAACAGGAUCGCCCGGUGUAAGUAUAUUUUCUUUUCCCAAACCAAUAAGAUUGACAGCGACCUGCGCAAGUUGAAAUACAUAGAAGAGACAUGAGAUGUAGCACUGUCAAAACGAAACCGGACGAUUUUAAUCUCUUUAUCAAUCAGUCUCUAACGAAAAUUGCGCGAAUACACAUCCUACGUGAAAUUUAUCGAUUGAGAUCAGACGCUGAUUUUGUUAGUUUUUAGGAGCGAAACAGUUUCUAUAAAUAUUGUUAUGAUUUUUGUAGACGGAUAUAGACGCUAUCAUUGUGUAAAGAAACUCACUAUAGAAUGUUACUCUAUUAGAUCUGACUAAUAAUCUUUCGAAAUCUGAAAAGGAGAAAACAAUUGUUGAUUAAAGUUGUCGGGUGUUUUAUGAUUUGCUGUGCGCUGAUCAUAGCCUCUACCAAUGACGUUCUUUAAAAAUGCUAGACGAUGCUUGAUCGGUAUUUUCAUUAGUGUAAUAUCAAAUAAAUAGCUUAGUACUUUGAAAGUUGCAAGACAGGCUCUGCUUUCACAAUAUUCGUUACUCCUAUUUUCUGAUUUCUCAGUUCUACAGUUCUACAGUUGUUAACAUCACAUAUGAAAGGUCAAAUGUACCCUUUUAAAUCUCCUAUAAUUAUACUGUUCUUUGUAACGUCAUUAUUCUUGAAAUUUCAGGAGGCAGGCGAAAGGAAUCUUAUACAUUCGUUAUGUUGGAGAAGAAACAGCGGCAAAUAGCACAGACACUGAGAUGGCAAGUGAAACAUAUUCCUACUUUAUUUCAACAUGGACUUGAAAAAACAAAUUGAUUAGAAACUGUAAAGCAACUCAGAUCAGUUGAUAAACUGUUAAGAAGAAGAGGAAGAAGAAAAGAAAGAUUCAAAAAUUUUAACUGACGUUUCGAGCGCAAGGGUAGCCUUUUCAACAUGGCAAAUCCUUAUAAAAACUGUUCUUUCAGUUUGGGCGAGAAAGAACGUUCUAUAGGAUUUUGCCGGAAAGGUCACGAGGAUGAUUUUUCUCAGGCCAAGAUCUGAGUUUGAUCAUCCCACAUCAAAGUUACGGGAAUGAUACAAUUCCAUUUUCCCAUGCAUAUUCAUCCUACAGUAGAAGAGUUAGGAUUCACAAAUAUAUAACGAAUUGACAGACACUAUCCAAUGAAACGCUUUGUAAAAGUAAAAGUUUCUUAACCAAAGCCUCUAUUCCAAGAUCUAGUGAGUUCUGUAAGAGUAUAACGUUUUACUCAGACCGCUAUUAAAGGAUCUUUAAUUCUCAGCUCAAUGAGGGAGGCCUACCUCAUUAAUUGCUUUUGAUUAUUGUCUUUAACUAGAACUCUUCUAACCUUACAUUUCGUCUGGGUCAAACUGAACGAGAGAAAUUUCCUAGAGCUUAAUAAUUAUACUACCAACACAGUCAAGUAAUGAUUUAGAUAUCAACAAUAAUGAAAGUUUGAGGAAGGAAAACAUUGUCCUGGGGAUCGUAUGCUACUUCAGAGUGUGUGGAGACAGAUCUUGAAAAAAGCGUUCGCUUUGAAACAGCUAUGAUAGCUUCUGAUUUCUAAAAGUGCACGUAAGAAAUAUUCCAUUUAGAAUUCGAAUGAACUAUAAUCUCAGUACUGCUUACUUCGUUAGAAAUAAAUUAAGACUUCUUUUUUUUCAUUUUUUUGUAUUUUGUCUUUUGUUAUCGUUUUUUCAGGCUUAGUGAAAAUUACGAGCUCAAGGAAGGGAUGUGUCUUCCACGCUGCGUUAUGUACACACACUAUUUAGAUUUCUGCCGAAAAGGAAAACUGUGUCCAGCUGGACCUGCAACUUUUGGAAAAGUAAGGACUACUAGCGUUACUUUGCUGUUUGUCAGUCUAUAAAAAAGUCCCUUGGUUACUAUUUCUUUUGUUUUCACUUUAUUUUGUGGUAUUUUUUUUCAUCACGCUGUCCUUCACGAAUGCGUAAAUAUUCAGCCGCUUCUUUCGUCCGUUUUUAUCUUAGAUUAUCCGUCAACGGUUUCCAAAACUGACAACCAGAAGACUUGGAACUCGCGGACAAUCAAAGUAAGUCUUUUUUAUUAAGUUGAUGAGAUUACAUUCACAAAUGACCUGGGGAUCCCGUUGAAAGAAAAAAAGCCGUUUUCGGACAGUGUGGAGAUUUAUUAAAUAUUCAUCCAUGUCAUUGCAUCGAAUAUCUCCAUCUCAUUCUUCCCAAGUUACUCCUUAAGAACACUUUUAAGCAAUUUUCUUUACCCUUCUCUUUUUCGAAAUCUUACCAGAUAUCACUAUUAUGGCAUAGUUGUGAAGGAGACAUCAGCUUACUUCCAUGCUGGUUAUUCAAAGAAGGGGUUAACAAGGUAAUGACGUUGGAAAACGUUGAUACUCGCUUUUGGUAACAGUAUUACUUGAUAUAUAAUAAUAAAAACGAUGAAAAUAUCUUUUUUCACUCUCUAGAUUUUCCGGCAUGAAAGGAAAGGGAGACAUGGUAAGUCGUUUACUUUCCUGAAAGGUAUUUUAUUUGAGCACUUAGAAAUAAUGCUAAUUUUACCAUCUCAUUGUCUCAAUUUUACUCCUGCUCAGCUUGGACAAAAUGCAUGUGAAGUUAUUCCCUUAUUCAUCUCGUCACCAUUUGAUCCCAAAUACUUAUUUAUCUUUUGUUGGGUUCGAGCUCAGAGCUGUUCUUUUCUCGACAGAAUGCCAAUCACAAGAAGUUCUCCUUGAGUUCCAAGUCAGGUACUCUGCUACCGGAAUUUCCAAAUGCCAAAAAUGUUCAACUUCCUGAAGAUGUAUCAGCUCACAAGGUAUGAUGCAUGUUUUGGAUUAAUUUGAUAAAGCUAGAAUGGACGUAGCAAAACCGAUCCUCCUAUUUUCGAAUAAACCGUAAAGAUUAAAAGAUCAACAAUAAGUGAUAAACAACACUAUUUUGUAUAAAGGGAUAAUCAAGAGCUGCUCAAAAGAGUAAUUACUGUUGUGUUCCUGUUUUCAUCAUUUUUUUUCUUUUACAGAUUUUUUUUUUCCUUAAAGAAAACUUUUAACAUUGUGUAAUUCACAGGUUGAAACUUUCAUUAUGAUGUAUCGAACUCAUUGCCAGAGAAUGCUGGAUACAGUCAUCAGCGCCAACUUUGAAGGAGUAAGUAAAUGUAUUAACAACCAUGAAAAAUGUGAAAAGGCAAUACCAUAAAAGUCAGUAGUUUCGAAAUAAACCAGGAGUCAUUCAUUUUAUUUUGGUAGCUCCUGGUAUAAAAGGUUCACAAUGGAAGGGAAAAAUAUGCGGGGGACGAUAACAAUUUAACCGAUUGCUUGUGUAUGGAUUUCUCUUAGGUUCAGAACUUCAUAACUCAUUUCUGGAAAGGCAUGCCUGGACACAUCAUUUCAGUAUUGGAGUGUCCGAUGGUAGUUGACAUUGUGGGUAUCUGUGAUUCUAUCUUAUACAAGGUACGUCAGCUUGGUUGUGAUGUAAUUGCCAAGUUCUUUUAGACUCUUCUGUUUACAUGUUUUAAAUACAUUUGUCAUGAGUACAUUUGGCUUACAAUGCCAAUAUACUUCGCAUACUUCAUUUUACUGAUUUGCUAUGUAGGAGUAUUAUAUUUUUUAUAUUUGUAUUAAGUAGGUUCAAAAGUGCAAGAAAUAGCUGCAAAUCAGAUAAAACGCUGGCUCUAUUCAAUAACACCCUAAAUCAUGGGUCUUACCCUCUUCUAGGUUUUGACAGAUGUCCUUAUACCGUCGACGAUUCAAGACCUUCCAGAAAGGUGAGAUUAAUGAACCAUCUUUCAGACUUCUUUUUCUUUGAAUUUUGUUAAGGUCCGAAGACGUGUCUGAGGAUUAUACGUUUCAAAAGUAGUAAAUAAUCAAAAGAAGAGAUAAUGUUAAUAUCAUCGGCGCUAUUUCUUUUUUAAUUCAUUUCCAGUCUUCGUGAAGAGAUAAAUGAAUUUGCCGAAAACUUGCUUAAUUGGUUAGACGAUUCCCUGUCAGAAGUGCCGCCGGCCCUUAAAGAAGCCAAAUGUAAAGGUCAGUUUAUGAUAUAAGCAAAGUAAAAACUUAAAGAAAUCGAGCUUAGAGUUAUCAGUGCCGCAUACGUCAAAUGGGAAAUAACUAUCGAGUAACUUUCAGGUUGAAAUUUUAUAUACUACUCAUAAUUAACCGAGAGUGAGGCCUGUCUUGACCGAGCAAUAGCGAGGUCAAUACAUCAAGGCCGAGGUCUGAGAUUUCCUUGUGAUGACCGAACGGACGAGUUUAAUACCACGUUUUUUAUUAUAUGGCCUUUCUAUAAUGGAUCUGAGUUUGCGAUCAAUUAAAAAAAAUCAAUGGUCAGCGGAUAACAUUAAAAACACGUCACCUCAAUGAGUUCCCGCAAUACAGUCAGGUGACACUGGUCAGCGGAUACCCUUUUUGACAGCUGUCAUUUGACCAUAACAUGGAUGUCCAUAAGGAUGUCCACUUUCAACUCAGACAUAAAUUGUAUAUGUUUUCGACACAAGGCUGGUAAUGCAAGGUCAUUCCCUGACAAGAAAACAGCCAAUCAGAGCUCGUGUAGUGUUGUAGCCAUAUGAUAAGCCCUAGGAAUUGGAUCAACGCCUAAUAAAGACAUAAACUGGAUGGAACUUUAGUUUAUAUAACGGUGGCUUUCUAUGGUAUCUUUUUUGUGCAUCAAAUGAUACUUAACACUCUGCCUUCGCAUCAUUUCUAUCUUUGCUAGAAAAUUAUACGUUAUCUACUGUCAGAAAAACAAAUGAAAUAAAUUCUCAUCCUGCUGAUGACGCAACAUAUUACAUCAAGAACCUUGUAAAUAAGUUCCUUCUUGCUACCAGAACGUAAAUUGUCCAGGGCCUUAACAAGAAAACCAACUGGUUCAUUUUAAUUAGCUUCCUAGCUUGCAGAUUAUUUACAUUAAAAUUAAUUAAUCUUCCGUUAGUAUCUUCCUCUACAACAUUGUGAUAUCAACCAUAUACUUAGGCAAAAGCCUAAUAAGAUGAUGAUGAUGAUGAUGAUGAUGAUGAUUAUUAUUAUUACUGUUAUCAUUAUUGGUACAGCAUUAAUAAUAAAAUUACGUCUUUCUCUUCAGUGGCAACGAUGUUUACGCAAGCCCUGAAGCGACAAGUUUGUUUUGUCCACUUGGCCCAGGUUAGUGAACAUAUCAUAAUAGCGCAUUCAACCUUUCCCCGCUAUUUACAUGCAUUAUUGAUAUUUGAUAGCAUAAACCUAAAGAAUAUCUUUUUAACCAACAGGCUGCACGUUCAGCGUUGCUUAGUUACGAAGAUGUAUCCCAGAUGUUGAGUGACCUAAAAAAGAUCGAUUUUGGCCAACUACUUUCCAAAGCCUUCUUUAUCAGUGGAAAUUCGGAAACAUUUUACAAAGCCAAAAUAUGUAAGUUCUUUUUUUUUUUUUUGUGCUGUUAAGUUGAUACAGUCAAACUUCUUUAAUACGGACACCAAAGGGACAGAACCAAGUGUCCGCUUUACAGAGGUGUCCGUAUUAUAGAGGUAGGGAGUGUAUGAUUUUUGGCAUUUCUGGAACCAAACGAACUGCCCUUAAUGGAGAGGCGUCCGUAUUAUAGAGGUUUUAGUAAGGAGAGGUUAGACUGUAAUGAAAUAUGCCUGGUUUCAACACCACCAGAAGAGACUACGAUCUCGUAAAGCUUUAUACUUGCAGUUCGCAACCUUCAAACCUGCGCCAUAACAAAGCAUGCCACAGAUACUAGGCAUAGUGUCUUUAAUAUUAGUUAAUGCAUUCUUAUUGGGAAUCUAGGUUUAUAAUUUACAGGCUAAUUUAUAGUCUUUUAAUAUAUAUGUUUAUAAAUUAAUUAUUUUUUUUUUCCUUUUUUCUUUUUUGGAGGGUAUGUCUUAGCAUGGGAAUUUGGUUUCCCCUUGCUACCGUCCUGUUAACCAUUUUUGUAUUUUUGUUCGAUUGUAUAUGUUAGUAUUAGUUCAUUUGUAUCAGUUAUGUAUGGUUACGUACUGUGAUUAAAGAUUAAAGAUUAAAGAGCCACAUUAUAUUAUAUUAUUAUUACCAGCAUACUAGUAUUAUGUAAUAUAAGUGCCCCUCAACAGCCUCGCCCUAGAAACUCAUGUUGACACAAAAGCUCAGAAGGAGUAACAUGAAAAUAGCUUUUUCAGUCUGUCGUUGUAGACUCGCGUUGCCUAUACUAACUUACUUCAUUGAAACCUUUAGUUGUUGGUGAACUGGAAAGUCUCUUGAGUAAGCAAGCACCAUUGGAAGCUUACAUUGAAUGGCUGGACAGCGUUGUUGAUCGAUGUGUUAUUGAGGUAAAAUAGGUUAUAAAGAUUGGUUUUACUUCCUGUCAUUUUAGUGAACCGAGUUAUGAUUUUUCAAGGUAACUGUAAUCCUAAAGACUGACACUCCAUGGUCUUACAUCCUCACCAACUAAACAUCUUUAAUUAAACUACAAAACUGAUAACGUUGAUGUUGCUUCAAUGAUGUCAUGAUUCCCAACGCUUGUCGUCUUUAAUUUGCGUGAAAAGAAUUUUAAAUCUCUAUAAAGAUGGUUAAGCGUUCUUGAAGGAUUAUCAUACAUACAAAGCAUAUUUUAAAACUUAAGCUUAAUGUUGUUAUGCCCGUGUAAAGGUGGUUGUCAUAAAAAAUCACCUCUUGGUAAAACACAGAUGUUGUUCCCAGACAGAUUUCGAGCAAAAAUAUUUUUGAGUAUUGUAAAAUAAAGUAAAGUAAAGUAAAGUAAAGAAAUGAGGUUUGUUUAAAGGGUUCCUCUUAGCUUAUUCAGCAGGCACUUUACAGGCACAUCACUGAAAUAAUUCUGAAACAAAUAAUGCAAAUAGAACAGAACAGGAUUAAAAACUCUAACUGGCGGGAGGCAAUCAGUUGGCUAUUUUCAAGCGUGGCUGAGGAUUUGAACUCAGGACAACAGAGAACAAAUCCAGCUAGUGGCCUCCAACCCGGCACCGGAUUGCGAGUCCCACGCGCUGAACACUCGGCCACGCUGCCUUAGUCUUCACUUUUUGUGUAAUGUGUCUGAUCACAUGUAAUGGCAAAUGGCGAAAUUCCCCCAAAGUAACCGAAUUUUUUUUGUUACGAUUGAUACAGGAAACAAACGAGAACAGAGAGACGUCUUUUGAAGAAAAGUCCAGAAAAUUUUUGGCAAUGUGGUCAUUUUCUACAGGAUGUUUUCUUUCUGAUUUGACCCUGAGAAGCGCACCAAGUUUCGGUAAGAAAAUUCUGUGUCUCAAGAAUAGGAAACUGAGCGUUUACAAAGAAAUCUGACAAUCGAAAUAAUGAAACGAAGCAAACAAUUAUGCACCACGUGCUUUUAAUAGUUAUUUUUGAAAAGACGUUUUGAUAGUCGCUAGUUUUUAUAUCUCCUCUCAAUGUAACGGUCAUUUGUAUAGAUAACAGCAACUACGCAAAAUGCUGUUUCUUACCAUAUUAAAAAUGUUGUUUACAAUACAAAGCUUCAUAAUGCUGCCUCCUUCUUGUAAAGCUACCACUGGAGGGAAUUUUGUAACCUUACGUUUAUUCGAAAUAAUGUCAAUUUGCUUUCUUAUAUAUUUUUUUCCUUGUAAAGGAGUCUUCCACUUAAUUCAUACUGCUUUUCAAGAGUAUGUGUUUCUUGUUGUCGAGAACCAGAGGAUAGCUGAAAUGGACAAAAAGCUGAAUAGCACUCUUGAGAGCCAUCUUAAGAAAGGUCAGUUGGUUACCUCCAAUUCUAUGUUUUCACUGUCACGCGAUCCGACAUAAAAAUGCAAACCAGUCAAUACAGAAAGUCCAGAAUCUGGGGAUUGAAAGAAGUUAAAUAUACAAAGACCCUCGCCAAGAAUCAAGUCCGCCUGAUAAUUCAUACGCGAGAUUUACCCAAAUUUAUAAGGCUUUGUAUGGAGACGCCAUGUUGGUGUUCCUUUGAGGGGGACAAGUACGGCCGCCGGAAACUAACAGAAACAUCUGUUUUUGAGUUUUCCUACUUAUGCAUGAAUUCAUCGCUUGAAGAACGUAUAAAAAUUAAUUAACAGUAAUAUUUAUUUCAAGACAAGAAAUGUUUAGAUAGCAAAAUCUCAAAAAAAGGGAACUUUUUUAAGCCACACAAGAGCUUUCCCAGUCGCCAGCUAAAUGCCUCGUCCUGCAAAAGCCUGGAAAUUCAAGCGUCUUUUAUCGCAAAAAAAAGAACCCUUUGGAACCGAAAUUUUGAGUAAAUAAAGGUUUUUAGGUGCUGUAAUACCUCAUGAAAGUAGAAACUCACAAGAAUCGAUAAUUUCUUAGUUUGAAUUAGGUGACCUCAUGUGAAAACCCCUCAGAUUGUAUUCGCGACGUUAAAAUGUUUUUUUAGAAACGGGAAGAAGACUGGGCCGAGCUGACUUUCGCAAAGACUUCUGGGAGUGUUACUAGAGACAGGGAAAAAAUUGGUCAAUAGCUGACAGGCGCAUCCCCAGUAACAAUCCCAGAAGCAACUGCGGGAAGCAUUUCGGCUUCAGUUCCUAAAUGAGCGAAUUGUGGUCACCAUCACAGUAAACUUAGAAGAAUUAUCUUUCACUUUAAAACAGUUAAUCUUUGGAGUCGAAUUGAUAAUCGGAUGAUUUGUUUUGUAGAAAAUCAUCAAUCGCAUGAAACAGAAAUGGACAAACCAAAGGAAAACAUGCAGCCAGAGCAUACGGAUGACAAACCCAAUGAAGGGCAUAGAGCUAAAAGGCAAAAGACGAGUACCGUCUUCAUACCUGCAACAAAACAAAAUGUCACCUAUGACAGACCACAAGUCCCACCGAGGGUGAAUGCUGAUUCUUAUCAAGAUGGGCAAUACAUUGCUACGUGUGAACCCAGUACCUUCCUAUCUCAAGAGAGGUAUCAAACAGCAGCGACUAAUAGCUCAUCUCGUCAAUUUGUGCACCCCACAUCUUUGAGCAUGACAGUCACUUCUGCAUACCCAACCGUACAAAGCCGUUCCAGCCUCCAACCGUUGUCAUUGCCUGAACUAGAGCCAGCUCGUGACAUGGGUAACGUUCCUGAGAUGAACACUUUCCAAGGUGACUUUAUAAGCGCCAUCGAUAAAGCGUUCUUCAGUGCCAAGGUCACAUUAAAUACCGAUGAAUACAUGGGAGCUUCCUGGGUUCAAAAUGAGACAUCUAAUCUCACUGUAUUAAAUCCGGUGAACGUCCAGGAACACAACUCCGAAAACAACGUGACCAUGGGCUUCCCAGGAAAUGGAAAUUAUCCGGUUAGUUAUGACAGCAGCGUGCCACUUAAUGUCUAUUCUAACGUACACUCAAUGCCUUCGAAUCCACGGCAACAAGAAAUUCACUACAUAUCUCCCACUAAGGACGACUUUGGCUACGUCCCCAGUAUAACAAACAUGUACUCAAGAUAUAAUACACCAAACUAUCUCUACGAUCCAAUACGCAGUGUUGUACAAUCAGGCGGUGCUGAUGUCAUGCCAUUCAAUGGACUGCUUAACUCUCCCUCUAGUUCUUUUGGGAUGGAUGUUAUAGCUUCGCACGAUGCACAAAUGAACCGUCUGGGGAUUGGUGCCGUCUAA